GCACCGUCAACGUCAACGGCACCCUCAGCUACGCUUGUCAGGAUCCCUGGCUCUUUGUAGGUUCCGUACGUCAAAACAUUCUAUUCGGUCAACCUUUUCAAAAAUCCCGAUACAUGGAGGUUUGCAAAGUGUGCGCAUUAGAAAGGGACAUAUCGCUCUUUCCUCACGGUGACAAGACUGUAGUCGGCGAACGAGGAGUAUCGUUGAGUGGUGGACAAAGAGCUAGGAUCAAUUUAGCUAGAGCAGUUUACAAAGAGGCUGACAUAUAUUUAUUAGACGACCCACUAUCUGCAGUGGAUACUCAAGUUGCGAGGCAUAUUUUUGAAAAGUGCAUUAAGAGGUAUCUGGCAAGUAAAACGGUCGUACUGGUCACACAUCAAAUACAAUUUAUAAAAUCCGUCGAUCAAAUUAUAAUAAUGGAUAAAGGCAAAAUUCUCGCAGAAGGUGGUUUUGAAGAUUUGAACGUAAAUUUUUUACUAAAUAAAACUAUUUUCACAUCUAACAUAGAUGGCAUCCACCACUAGGAUUUAUUA